AUGGCUCCGCUGCCUUGGGCCAACGAUACAGAAUUAGACUGGCUAAACGAGCAGCUUCCACGAUUUCUCGACCACCAAAAGUGCAAGAAGCUGCAAAGCUUCUUCCGAGUCUUGUACACGGACUGGAGCACACAGUUCCCAGAGCGUAUCCGCCUAUUUCCAGAUAUCGACCCAAUGGCUCAGCUGACCACAGAGCAGGACCAUGUGCUGACAGAUGCUAUUGCUCGCCGACAGAAGCAACUCUACAAUUGGUACAAUAACCACAAGCCUAAGGGAUGCUCAGCAGACAAGACCGCAACCACCAUCCUCAAGAAUUUCAUCUCGAAGGAUGCCGUUCAGUCCAAGCGCCUUCUGCAGGAGGUGGAGGCAUACUCCCGCAAGUAUUAUGUAGAGAAGGUGCAAGCUUCUGUCAAGGCAGAGAUCAAGGAAAAGAAGAUCAAGAAAGGCGAGUCAUUGCAUGUCAUCAGGCGUCGAACGCAGGCAGCAUACGACAAGGAGACGCCAGAAGUCAAGGCAGAGAUUCUGGCGGCCAUGGAGCAAGAGAAGGCGGCGCGUGAGGCCGAUGCUCUGCAGAUUGAGGAUGCACACGCUCAGGGUGAAUGCUCUCCGGUGGAAUACCAAAAAAUGCUGGAUUGCAUACCAUCUGCAAUAGAGCAGUUUUUCGGUGCCUUGGCUCGAAAGACCGGGUGGAAAUUUUCUGUUUUCGGAGGAGGACCUAGCCCAGUAGAUGGCGGGAACCUCAGAUCAAUGGCAUAUCACGUCGGGGACAGUCCCAAUACCAUCAAAUUUUGCGAUACCAUGCACGACUUCGAAGCACACUACAUGGAACCAUUUGGGCAUUUCCUGACAUCAGUGUAUUGCGAGCGGGCACUUGUUACGUCACCCGCAGGCAGUUCAACGCUGACCGAAGAUGUGACGGUGCUCGACCUCGAUGCCCUUCGCUAUAGGAUGGAGGGUGAACCAAGCACUGAGGAACCUCAAGCCGGGCCAUCCUCAAGCACAUCGUCCAGGCCCUUGCCCUCCGAUGACGAAGGAGAGCAUGACCUGCUCUCCGACGUCAGUCCUAGGGGACCAGUGCAGCUUCCACCAUCACCAAUGCCAUCGGAUGACAGCAGUGCUCUCACAAGUGUCCACUACACUGCUGCCCAUGAUUCGGAUUCUGGAACCUCCGGACGAUCAAACCCUGCUCCCGCCGUCCCCGGCCCUUCACCUUCCCAUGUCUGUCCACCUGUCUCCGCAAACGCCACUGUGACAUGGGAACCGGCCCCUGCUCUGUGGCAGUUCGACGUUCUGCUGGCUCCAUUCCAGUUCGACCUAGAUCUCCAGCUGCUGUCCCUCGACGACGCAUUGCUGCGCAUGCAACGGGAUGAUGCAAACAAAUUGACAGGUGCAUUCAACUUGACAUCUUCCGUGCAUGCGGCAGUGCCAUUUUCACUAGACAGUGGCUCUGAGAUGUCACCGGGAGUUCCUCUUCGUGCAUUGUCAUCCAACAUGCACACCAGCUCUCCGUCUCCAUCCGUGUCUGUUCCAUCUGCACGGUCUCCGUCGGCGCUCUCUCCAUCGGCGCUCUCUCCGCAUGUGCCCUCACCACCCGCACCCUCUCCAUCUGUGCCCUCGUUGCCUGCCCCCUCUCAUUCCACGCCCUCUCCAUUAAUCUCAUCUCCUUCUGCACCUUCGCUUACACUCACCCCAUCUGGACCCUCCAUGCCCAUAUCCUCUGUGCGUGCACCUUCCGCCUCCAUGCCAUCUCCGCCUAGAUCUUCAGCCUCCGGUGUCCCUGCUCCAUCGGUCCUGGUUUGCCCAGAGCCAGUGGAUGUGUCCUUGUCUGCACUUACAAGUGUGAGUUCUUCAACCCGUGGAUGCCGCUGA